AUGUUCGGGCAGUCGGCCGGUGCCGGCAGCCUCGGCACCCAGUCGAUGAAGCUACGCAAUACCUUCGGCACGGUGCAAAACCGCGAGACCUAUGAAGGCCUGCGCGUGUCCCUUUCCACCGGGUCAUACAUUCGGUGCAACGAUCGCUUCUUUGGUGUUCCCUGGGUGGUUGGCUCCGUGGCCUCCGGCUCGAUUACUGGCAACCUGGCUAUCUUCCCGAUUGGCAAGCAUGGCAAGGCCGAUCUUGACCGCGGCUUCAUUGAGGCUUCCAGCCAGCAGCUCCUGGAUUUCGACUUUUACAAGUUCGAGUCGAACAUUGUGGCCACCGCCACGCGUGACGGCCUCGUCAAGGUCUUCCGCUUCCCCGAGGACGGUGUCCUCGAGGGGAAUGCCACCGUGGCCGACAGCUACCUGGCCGGUCAUGAGAAGAAGGUUGAUCAUGUCCGGUUUCACCCGUCGGCCACGGAUCUGCUGCUCAGUGCCUCAAGUGACCAAACUGUGCGCCUCUGGGACUUCCGUUCAAUGCAGGAGGUUGUGACCCUCAGCGAUCCCGAGACAACGGCCCAGGACAUUUACUGGUCGCCGCAUGGAUCGGUCGUCUUGCAGACGGGUCGCGAUGGUUCCAUCUCCAUGUUUGAUCCGCGAGCUCAGACCACACCGGUGCUGCGCCAUGUAAUGCAGGACUUUGCCACAUCUCGCGCCCUGAGUGCGGCCUUCCUCAACUAUGAUGGCUACGAUCUCGUAGUGUCUGGCUUUGCCUAG